GCGGCACCAACACACUUGGGAGCAAUGAAAUCAAGUGCAGUAAAAUUUUGUGCUAUACUACUAAUAAUGCUGUCAUCAGUUGUGGUUCACACAGACUGCUGUUCUAGCAGAUCGAUGCCAAAAUCAAGACCUCGGCCAGUGUCACACUUCCGUGGUGUGAUGACGUCCGCCACUACCACCUUUACGGUGAUCCGGCCGGAUGCGACCUCGUCGUCGAACCGGGAUCCACCCGACACAGUUUCGACGGGGAUGGACUCGCGUCUCACGGGCAGUGGUGGCACGGACACUGGCGGUCUCGGCCGUGGUAUCAGCACCAACACCGGCAACCCAGCGAGCAAAUCAAUCGACCAGCAGCAGACGCAACGGAACGGUGCAACGAUAGAGGGCACGAACGGUCGCCCGCCGGUCAGGGAGGAAACAGCGAGCAGGCGCGGCAACGAAAAGGAUCAGCUGCUGAUGCGGAUGGGCAAAUGUUCGCAACUGUUCGAGGAAAACUACUGCCUGAACGGUGGGAAGUGUUACAACUUCACGAUCGCGAACUCGACCAUGCCGACGUGCGAAUGUGCGGACGGCUUCAUGGGUGAACGAUGUGAGUCAAAGUACCUGGAUGGGACCUACCUAAGCAUGCGCAAGCCGAAGAUCCACAUCGAAACGGCGAGCAUGUAUUACGGGGCAUUUCUUGCCAUGAUGGUAGUGCUGGCUGUGUUCUACUAUCUGCACUGGCUCAACCAUUGUCGCUAG